AUGGGCCGAGAAAUAGUCAUUGGACUAGUUGGAAAACCAUCAAGUGGGAAAUCAACAACAUUGAAUGCAUUGACCGAUGCCAAUGCAAAAGUCGGUGCGUUCCCCUUCACUACUAUUGAUCCAAAUAAAGCAACCGGGUACUUGGAGGUGGAUUGUGCUUGCCAAAGAUUCAACAAACAACUGAAAUGUAAACCAACUUACGGAUAUUGUCGGGACGGUAAACGUGGAGUUCCCAUUAUGCUAUUAGAUGUUGCUGGGUUGGUGCCUAAUGCCCAUUUGGGACGAGGAUUAGGAAACAAGUUUUUAAGUGAUUUGACAGAGGCAGAUUGUUUGAUCCAUAUAGUGGAUGCAAGUGGUACUACCGAUGCGGAGGGGAAAACAACUCGAGGUUACGAUCCCUUAAAUGAUAUCGAGUGGCUACAAGAUGAGAUUUUCCAGUGGAUUUUGGGUAAUUUGAAAGAGAGAUGGGGAUCUGUUGUUCGAAGACAUGUGGGUACUAAAUCAACAACAUUGGAGACGCUAAGACAGCAAUUGGGUGGAUACGUGGCCAAUAAGCAAAUGAUUGGUAGAGCAUUGGAUUUAAUACCUGAUUUGCCUCCCUUGCAAGAUUGGGAUGAUGCAAUGUUGGAACGAGUGGUUAAAGCAUUCAUGGAGGUAAAAUUCCCUACUGUUUUGUCGCUAAAUAAGAUGGACCAUCCGGAUGCUGAUAAGAAUGUCUCCAAAAUCAUAUUGAAAUACCCAAAUUCAAAAGCGGUACUAACGUCAUCAAUCACUGAAGUGUUGUUACGGAAAUUGGCAGCACAACAUUUUAUCAAGUACGAUCCAGGAACAGAAUUUGUUGAUACCAGGGAAGAUUUACCUGAUGAUCCCGAUUUGAAGCCCAUGGAUGAGAAAUUACAAAAUAGAAUUGAAAACAUUCGAGAUUUGGUGUUGUAUAGAUUCGGAUCGACUGGUGUAGUCCAGCUACUUCAAGCUGCUGCUGACUUGUUGGAAUUGGUUCCAGUUUACCCAGUGAGAAACAUCAACAACUUUACGGGAUCAAGUGGAGACUCGGUGUUUCGCGAUUGCAUAUUGGUCAAACGAGGCACUCCUGUUGUGUCAGUAGCUAGGAAAAUCAUGGGUGAUGUGACUAUCGCCUCAAUUGAAGGUGUUGGAGGAACGAGAGUUGGUGAAGAUGACACAGUAGACAAGGGCAAAAAUGACAUCUUGUCGUUUAAAUUGGUGCCAGGAAAUAGAAAUUAA